AUGAAUAAAAUAAAAGUUCAAAAAACAAUUGACAAUUUUUUUCCUGUUAAAAGAAAAAGAAGCAUAAUUCCGAGUAAUGGGGGUGAGACGAAUAAUUCGUACGAUUCCGUUACGAGUACUUGUGUUGAGGAGUUGGAGGGGGCAGAUAAUGAUGGCAAAAGAAGGAAGAUAGACGACGCUAUGGGGGUUGGAGCAGCUCUCAAUGAGGGCUCCGCAGUUAAGGGGGGGGUAAACAGGGAAGAUGUGGCUUCCUUAAAGGAGACAGCAAACGUGGGGGAGAGGGUAGCCAGUAAUAAGGCGACAGACGCGGCAGACGCUGCUACCUUGAAGGAGACAGCAAACGUGGAGCAGGUAGUAGCCGGUAAUAAGGCGACAAGCACGGCGGAUGUAGUCACCUUGAAGGAAACAACCGCUGCGGAGCCAGCCACCUACCCAUACGCCGAAGAAAUAAAAAACCUAAUGCACGCAGAAUGGUACGAGCACUUAAAAGACGAGUUACGAAAAAGUUAUUUUCAAAAAAUGUAUGUGAAGAUAAAGGAGGAGAGAAAAACGAAAGUGAUAUACCCCCCAUCUCGGCUAGUGUUUAAUGCCUUCUUAAAAACACCCCUAUCAAAUAUAAAAGUAGUGAUUGUAGGUCAGGAUCCCUACCAUCAGAAGGGCCAAGCCAUGGGUUUGUGCUUCUCUGUACCCGUUGGUAUUAAAAUCCCACCAAGUCUGAAAAACGUUUUAAAAGAAAUAAAACAGACUAGUAAUCAUGGAGACUUAAUUAGUUGGGCAGAGCAAGGGGUGUUCCUACUAAACACUUCUCUAACGGUCGAGGAGAACAAACCCGCUUCACACAAAAAUUACGGAUGGGAAACCUUCACCGAUAAAGUCAUAAACAUCAUAAAUGAGAAAAAGGAGAAGAUUAUCUUCAUGCUAUGGGGCAACUUUGCCAUAAAAAAAUGCUCCAAAAUCGACACGAAGAAGCAUUUUAUUUUAAAGGCGGGACACCCAUCCCCCUUGAGUGUGAGGCACUUUGCCAACUGCGACCAUUUUAACAAGUGCAAUGAGAUUCUCACGCGCAACGGCAUGGCGCCGAUCAAGUGGGAGUUGCCGCAGUGA